AUGACGGAUAUAAAAGUGUGUAGAAUAUGCCUUCGAACGGAGGCAAAAAUGUAUCAUUACAGUUCGUAUCGACUGAAGUUUUAUUACGAAGAAGUAAUGGCUUUACAGCAGUAUAAUGAGCAAGAUGGUCUACCUCAGUACUUCUGCUAUGAAUGUGCCACCAUUCUACACAAGUUCCAUAGAUUUAAGGAGAAAUGUUUCAGCGGGCAGAAGGCUCUUCGAGAAUUGGCUUGGAGAGGUCCUAUAACCUAUGAAUUAAUAUACAAAAUGGAUUGCCCAAUAUCUUUGCACACUACGCCUGUAACGUUAACCAACUUCCCAAGCCAUAUCAAGAAUUAUAUACCGAAAAAUAGCAUAGAAGAACCGAAUGAUAUUUUCGACCCAGAAAAAGUGGAAAAGAUAGAAAAUAUAGAAUUAGACUAUUUUAGCGAAACAUCAAUACCAGGGGAUACAGAACCUAUAUUAGAAUUUGAUACCUUUCCCGAACAAUUUGAAGAAGAGAAAAUAAAAGCUGAUAGCAACGAAUUGACAUAUGGUUUCAACGGAGAUGAAGACAAUUUAGUGAAUAUUAAAUGUGAGAUGAUUAAAGAAAAGAAAAGUAAAAAGAAGUCUAAAGGUUUAGGUAAUAAGGUUUUAAAUAGUAGGCAUUGGAGGAAGAUUACGUUGAAUGAGGAGGAAGCUUUGAAGAAUUUCAGAGCGAGGGCUGAAGACAAGAAGUAUGUAGAUGCUGCAUAUAAGUGCUCGGAUUGUUUUCGAGGUUUUUCCAAAAAGGAUAUGUUGGAUAGACAUCUGCAGUUACGGCAUUUUGAGAUGCUGCGUCCACUUGAGUGUCGUUUCUGUCGAGUGCGGUUCAAGUUAAAAUGUUACUUACGAAAACAUCUAAGGGAGCAUUAUGUCAAGUAUGAGUGUUUGCGGUGCCAUGUCAUCUGUCCUUUAGAACAUACAGCUAUACUUCAUAAUGAGUAUCAUAGUGGGCUGAAGAGGAAGUGCGAAUACUGUGAUCAAGAAUUCAGGCACACAUCAACGUACUACACGCAUUUACGUACGCACCGUAGCGAGCACGUGUGUACUCUGUGCGGAGAGUCAUUCGUUAGCCACGCCGGGCUACAUCAACAUAAGCGAGUCAAACACGUCAUUGAUAAACUUGACAGUCCGGGUGACGAUGAAGAAGUAGAAACAUAUUGUAUGCGAUGUGAUAUUACGUUUGAAACGCGGAAGGCUUUUGAGGAACAUGUGUUUCAUUCUGCUCUACAUAGUGACGGGGAGAGUAACUUGGAUCAAGGGAAUAAUAGAAAGAUAUUAGGUAAAAAGGAACAGGCAAAAAUAACGAAAUGUUUAAGAAAAAGGGACACAGACUCAAGUAUGUUAAUAACGGAACAAAAGACUAAAACUAAAAGAAGAAAACACAGAAGGGAACAUAGGAAACCUACGACUUGUCAUCAGUGCGGCAAACACUUCGAGACCCAAUCAGCUUGCUUGAAGCACCAUCUAUCGGAACAUCCGCGCACUUCAUUCUUCCCGCCCAACCAGAGAUACAUCUGUGAGAUCUGUGGCUCUUCUCUAGCUCCGGGCAGUAUACAGACACAUAAGAACAUGCACUCUAGAGAGAAGGUCCAUAGAUGUGACACGUGUGGACGGGAGUUCCACGCCGCUGUGGGGUUGAAGCGACAUCUGUUGACGCACACAGGAGAAAAACCGUACUCAUGUUCUUUAUGCGACAAGCGUUUCACACAGAGUAACAGUAUGAAGUUACAUUACCGUACAUUUCAUCUAAAAGAGCCGUAUCCGAAACGAGUUCGAAGAAAAGGCAAGGAAUUACCGAAAUCAGUGGGACAAGGUGAAUCAACUAGUGAAGAGGACUCAGACAGCAGUCUACCGGACAUUGAGUCUAAUAUACUCAAGCCCGACGCGGGAAUCAAACCAGUGACCGGCACUAUACUGGACAAACCUUCCGAUGACAGCAUUCAUUAUUUGACACUUACGUAA